AUGGCUCGAUUCGUACGCGAGAAGCGGAGAUACCUAUGGUUGGGCCAUCAGGCGCGGGCUGGCGAUGGCUUACAUCACGGGCGACCAGAGAGCGCCAGAGAGCGCGAGAGGCUUGUCCAGAUGAUGCCUCCAGUUUAUGGAUUUGAGCUCAUGUCUCACAGAAAGGAACGGUCUUCGGAGGAGGAUGAUCAGUGGCAGUGA